CACCCCCUACACCCAUCCCCCAUUUCCAAUUAGCCCGUGAUGGGUCGGCUAAUGUAAUCAGGAGUAACUACAGCCCUCAGAGCCUCCUCUCUCAGUCUGACCCAGACUCAGCACAGGCGCACACUCCUCACACAGGAAGGUGAGUGACUCUCGGUCAAAAUGACCGAGCGCUACGACUGCCACUACUGCAAGGAGUCCCUGUUUGGGAAGAAGUACGUUCUUCGAGAGGAGAAUCCCUACUGUGUGAAAUGUUAUGAGAGCCUGUACUCCAACACUUGUGAGGAGUGUAAGAAGCCCAUUGGCUGUAACACCAGGGAUCUGUCCUACAAGGACCGUCACUGGCAUGAGGACUGCUUCAAGUGCUUCCAGUGUAAGCGCCCCCUGGUGGACAAGCCGUUCUCCACCAAGGAUGAGCAGCUUCUUUGCACCGAGUGCUACUCCAAUGAGUAUUCCUCAAAGUGCCACGACUGCAAGAAAACCAUCAUGCCAGGCUCCAGGAAGAUGGAGCACAAGGGGAACAGCUGGCACGAGACCUGCUUCACCUGCAAGAGAUGCCAGCAGCCAAUCGGCACCAAGAGCUUCAUCCCGAAGGACAACCAGAACUUCUGUGUGCCCUGCUAUGAGAAGCAGUUUGCCAUGCAGUGUGUGCACUGCAAAAAGCCCAUCACCACUGGUGGGGUGACCUACCGCGACCAGCCCUGGCACAAGGACUGCUUCCUUUGCACCAGCUGCAAGCAGCAGCUGUCCGGCCAGAGGUUCACCUCCAGAGACGACUUCGCCUACUGCCUCAACUGCUUCUGCAACCUCUACGCUAAGAAGUGCGCCUCCUGCACCACCCCUAUUAGUGGCCUGGGUGGCAGCAAAUACAUCUCUUUCGAGGAGCGCCAGUGGCACAACGACUGCUUCAACUGCAAGAAGUGCUCCGUGUCCCUGGUCGGGCGUGGCUUCCUGACUGAACGGGACGAUAUCCUGUGUCCCGAAUGUGGCAAGGAUAUCUAACCCAGCCUGAGGGAUAACGAUGCUGCCAACAAACGGCAAAAAUUCAACAAGUGCUAUUAGAGCACAAAGCAUAGCGUCUGUAGUUUAACUAGGAAUGUACGUCGUUUUCAGCUCUGAAUUGCAAACUAAUGAUGUGCUUUGAUAUUGUGAAGCUUAUUCAAAGUUACAUGUAAGUUCCUUCAGAAAUAUUAAUAAAGUAACUGUAGGCAUGAAUGUAAAGAGUUGCAUGCUAAAAUAAAGCAACAACAUUAAUGCAAACUGUCAGCUUUGAAGUUUAACUUGAUAAGAAUUUUGUGAGCGGCCGACCAUUACGUGAGUAAAUCAAAGUUUUGUAACGUCUUCGAGAAAUAAAGACUACAAAGUUUUCUCAAAUGCAACAUCUGAACUCUGCUUCUCGUUACAUUUCACUAGGAGUGAAAGACAGAUGAAUGUUUAGUCACAAAACACAGCAAUAAAUAACAUAAAUAAAAACUGAA